AUGAUGCCGGGUUGGGCUCAGGCUGUCGAGCCAGCCAGGGGCGUGGCAUACACACCAGCAGGCCCAUGGGGCAAAUCCCUAAACGAGAAAAGUUUCCGCAAUGGGCCACCGCUCCUAGACCGCGACCGCAAAAGCAUGGGGAGUCUACAAUUAUGCCGCAGGACGCUCCCGAGUCAACAGCAAGCCGUUCGAAGACCGACUCUCCACAAGAGGCAGGCCAAGCAACCGCAGAGAAAGACCGCGACACCACAGGCCAGGUGCCUAAGGAUACACGCAAACCCAGGUCCAGCCUCGAAGCCCUCCGACACAAGCCGUGUGAGCGCAUCCACCUUAUGCCAGUCAACUUCAACUUUCCCGCCGGAAACGGUCUACGCUACAACGCCGACUAUAUAUGAGGCACUCCGCAACCUACGCAGCUGGCCGCACCAGGGGCAAGCCCAAAAGAUACGGCGCCUCGUCAAGUACUUGGUGGAAAACCGUGGGGAGCGGCCCAACGUCUUUCUGUACGAAGCGCUGGUCGCGGCGAACUGGGACCCGGCAACAGGGUCGGCGGACGAACUGGCGGAAAUCUACAAGGAGAUGCGGACGGCGAACAUACAGCCAUCGCAGGCGUGGUACCAUAGCGCGCUGAGGCUGCUUGCAAUUCAUCCGAACUAUCUCACCAGGAAGACCUACCUGCUGAAGUUGGAGGAACAAGAGAUGGAACUCACUGACGAUGGCAAGGCGAGCGUCGCUCUGGGACUGCUGCGCGACGGCCAGAAUGAAAUGGCUCUGGACUAUUGGGACAACAUGCGCAGCGCGGGGACCCAGAUCCCUGAAUGGUUGUCGGCUACUUUUGUCUACGUUCUGGUCUUACGGGGAUUCAUGGACGAGGCGGUCCAGUUAUUUCGCCAGGUACUCGAGAUGGCAAAGGGCAAUUCCAACGGUGUACCUCUUUCCUUCUGGUCCUAUAUUCUGGACGAAUGCAGUAGGGCCCUUCACUACGAGGGCACAAAGCUGGUAUGGGACGAGAUGGUUUCGCCGGGGAAGCUCAACCCUGCCGACGGCAUCGCGCUUAAUGUCCUCAACACAGCCGGCCGCCACGGCGAUACGGUGCUCGCCACGGCCGUCGUCGAACUCCUCUCGGCCCGCGACGUCAAGCUCGGGUACCACCACUACGAACCGCUCCUCGAAAGCUACGUGCACGCCGGGAAUAUGGAGUUCGCGUUCCGUGUCCUCGGCAUCAUGAACGACGCGGGCAUCCAGCCAGACCAGCCCAGCACCCGCGCCAUCUUCUCCGUCCUGAAGGACUCCGCCCGGCGCCACAGAGGAAGCCAUCCGGAUCAUCCACAGCCUGGGGCGCGUACCGGUGGCGGCGGUCAACGUGGUGCUCGAAGCUGUCAUCGCGGCGAGCGACAUGGCCAAGACACUGGACGUAUACCGAGAGGUUGCCGGCGCGCGGAGCAGGCCGUGUUCUUGGUGGCCGAGAUGGACCGCUUCUCGGUGCGCCCGUCCCCGCCCAUUCUCGACAGCCUGGUCCGCUGCUUCGCGCGCGACGGCAACCUCGGCGUCGCCCUAUUGUACCUUGACGAGAUGAGCCGCUACGCUACCGCGACUGCUACCGCGACUACCACCGCCGCCACUGCCCCCGGCUCGGCUUCGUCCUCGUCAUCGUCGUUGUCUCCAUCUUCAUCCCCGCCUCCGUCCACCUGGGUUAGCGAGGCCACUCUGAUCACCGUGCUCCGCCGGUGUUACCGCGAGAAGGAUGAGCGGGCGUUUGCGCUUGUUGCUGAGGCACAGAAGAGGGGCAUGUCGGUGAAUAUGGAUAUGGUGCGCAGGCUGGAACAGUCGUCGCAGGGGAAGUUUGAGGAUGAGCUCGAUGUGUAA